AUGGAUUCGCGGUUGCAGAAGUUCCGCGCCGAUUAUGCCCAGCAGGGCGAAGACUGGCUCCGCACCGAGCUGGACAAGCAAAACCGGCAGGACCUGCGUGGGCUCUGUGUCGCUGCGGGUGUGCAACAGAAGUCUGCCGGGCACACGCUUACCAGAGCGGAGCUGUUGGAAGCUCUAUCAGAGAGCAUUGCCGGGGAGCAGGCCGAUGAACCUGCGUCGCAGCGAAAGCUGCAGGAGCUGCGCACGGGUUAUGCCGAGCAGGGCGAAGCCUGGCUCCGCGGCGAGUUGGGGAAGCAGAGUCGGGCGGAGCUG